AUGGCGACACAACCAUCCCGGAUACAGACAUUUCCCUUCGAGCUGCUGAGCGAAAUAUUCCGGUUGUUGGAUCCGACCUACCUUGACCGCCGGUUUAUUGUUUGCUCUUUCGUGUGCAGGCAUUGGCGGCAGGCGGCCCUCAGUGAUGGUACCCUCUGGACGAUGAUUCGAAUAUCCGAAUACGACUUUUAUGAAGAAAAGCGCAAUGAAUUACUCGCUGAUCUACUCACGCGCUCGCGUACCCUGCCUCUGGCGGUCGUGUUGAUGCGUUUUCGUGGCCCAAAUGUCCCUGAGUACUAUGAUGCUCUGGAAGAGUUUCUCUACGACGUCCUCAAGCCCAACCUUUGGAGGAUACGCCGCAUCCUGAUCAUCGCCCCGCAGACUACGUGGCCUGUGAUCCUGAACGCUAUGGAAGGCGAGCAAUUUCCGUGGCUCGAGCGGCUUUGUCUCCGGAGCGAUGCAGUGAAGACGAUGUACAAGCUUCAGAACGCGCAACAUGAACGAAUCUGGCAGCUGCCGGGCGACUAUCCCAUGCCCGAGGUCGAUGAUCUCCCUGGUAUCCCCGUCUUUGACCUCGUAUUUCCCCUCCCCCAUGGCCACCGCCUUGAAGUCUUCGAUACGCAGGGCAUAUCAUUUGGCAACGCCUUCCUGCCACAGCUACAGUGUCUUUAUAUUGCCCACCAUAUGCCGCAGAUGGUGACGAAGGGGGAGCUGACUGACGCGCUGUUUGCUACCGAAAAACUCGUGUUGCAAGGCAUGUACGUCCCCAGCGUCGGUGUCAACCGCGAUUUGCCGUUCGACGUCAGCAUAGACAGGUCAGGCGACUGGUUCCAGCCUCUCGACUGGGAGAUACGGCCGCAGAUGGACUACUGUGAAUAUCGACGCCAUGACCAUUUCACCCCUAUCGACGAAGGCGACGAAUACGCGGAAGAGGACGAAGAAGCUGAAGCAGAACAACAGCCAUCUUCAAAAUGCAAGAUUAAGGAGCUCCACUUGAUCAACUUGGUCGCGGAGCCCAUACCGGGAAUGCCGGUUCUGGAAGGCGAUUUUGCGUGGGGUGACCUCGGCGAAGAGGACUGCGCGCCGUUUUUCCGGCAGCUCGUGGAACACACCACCGCCUCGCUACAGACCCUCUUCAUCCACGGUUGGCACGCUGACAGUCGAAUAUGGAAGGACUUUAUCAAGGUUUAUGGACCGCAAACGCGGAAUUCUUCUACCGCUGCUACGACCUCAACCUGGCCACCAACGGCUGCCGGCGAAAUCAGUGAACUUGUUGAAUUUCCGCUGCUGGCGAGCGUGAGGAUCUGGAACAUGUGUGUUCCACGCUCGUUCCAACCCGGAGAUCUGAAGCGGCUGUUCGCCACCAUGCCCGCCGUUACACAAUUGGAUCUGGCGUACACUGUGGCCGCAGAGACGGCUUCUGCUGGGGAAAAUGUCUUUGCGGAGUCGGAGAAGCAGUUUACGGACGCUUGCGUUCAGGUGCUUGAAGAGGACAUGGUUCUUUGCCCCCAACUUCAGGAAUUUCUUAUCAAUGGAACAGCAAUGAAACGAACACCACGAACAUAG